ACUAGGGAGACUGAGGCGGUAGGAUGGCUUGAGUCCGCGUAGUGAGCUCUGAUCGCGCUACCGCACUCCAGCAUGGGUGACAGAGCCAGACUGUCUCUGAAAAUAAAGAUAGCAAUAACAAGAUAUAAAUAAACAAUUGUUUAUUUGUACUGCACCCAACUACGCCCCAGGAGUGGCACUGGGUUUCCGCAGCGCAGCGGCCGCGCCUGGGCGCCCCAAGCAAAACGACCAGCGCUGUCAGGAGGCGAAUGGGAGCCAGGACAGAAAGCUGGAGAGGCCACCGCGGUCAGGCGAGGGACAAGAGGGCCAUUCGCUGUGUCACUGAGGGGGCUGAAGGAACACAGGGGAAAAGGGGCGCAGACAGGGCUCCGGAGCCGCGGGGCCUGGGUGGCGCCGGAAGAGGGCCCUCCCAGCGGCGUUCCUUUCAGCCAAUGGCCGCGUGAUGCGCCGUCCGACGGUGCCCCACGCAGCACAGAGAGAGAACGAGCGGCCCAUCCGGUGCAAGAAAGCACCAUCUUUCUAGGUGACUAUGCGAACUACCAGGAAAGUGUACUGAGGGACAGGCUUCUUUGCCCGCGGUUAACCUAACUCGGUGCCACCAAGUCUUUAACCGGAAGCCAGGCAGCACGGCUGCCCUCAGUAAAGAUGGCUAACAGGCGCGGAGAAAAAGCCGGAAGCCGCCGGGCCCUGGGGGGGAGUCAACACCAGGCUGCGGGGGCGUGGCCAGCCGCCUUUCGAGGCGCACGCGCGGCGCCCAGUCCCGACUCUGUGGCGCCCUGGGGGCGGGUCCGCAGCCGGCUCCGUCCCCGCCCAGGUGUCUCCCUUUGGGAAGGUGCCCCCCGAGUCUCCGAAAUUUGUCCCUGGUGGUCCCGCGGAUCCCUCGUCCCUCCGCGGUCUCCGGCUGGCAGCGAUGGAGGGCGCCGGGGAGAACGCCUCUGAGUCCAGCCCCUCCGCCCCCGGGUCCGAAGAGUCUGCGAGGGACCCACAGGCGCUGCCUCUGGAGGAAGAACUGGGGGGCUGCGCCCGGUCCCUGGAGGCGGUCCCCAAGAAACUCUGUGGGUAUUUAAGUAAGUUUGGCGGCAAAGGGCCCAUCCGGGGCUGGAAAUCCCGCUGGUUCUUCUACGACGAAAGGAAAUGUCAGCUGUAUUACUCGCGGACCGCGCAGGAUGCUAAUCCCUUGGACAGCAUCGACCUCUCCAGUGCAGUGUUUGACUGCAAGGCGGACGCUGAGGAGGGGAUCUUCGAAAUCGAGACUCCCAGCCGGGCUAUUACCCUGAAGGCCGCCACCAAGCAAGUGAUGCUGUACUGGCUGCAGCAGCUACAGAUGAAGCGCUGGGAGUUCCACAACAGCCCGCCGCCACCUCCCGCUGCCCCUGACGCCGCCCUGGCUGGGAAUGGGCCUGCCCUGCACCUCGAGCUAGGGCAAGAAGAGGCAGAGGUGGAAGAGUUCCUGUGCCCUGUGAAAACACCCACUGGGCUGGUGGGCGAGGCAGCUGCCUUGCAGCCUUUCCCUGCCCUUCAGAAUAUUUCCCUCAAGCACCUGGGAACAGAAAUACAAAACACAAUGCACAACAUCCGUGGCAACAAGCAGACUCAGGGAACAGGCCAUGAACCUCCAGAGGAAGAUUCUCCACAGAGUAGGGAGCCUCAGAGGGAGGAGCCCUCCUCAGCCCAUGACCCCAGCACCCCAGGGAGAGAGCCAGCAGAUUCUCCAAAGCUUGCACUCAAGUCCUCUCUGGCCAUCAGUUUCGUUCAGAAAGCCAAGCGCCCGAGCAACACCUUCCCAUUCUUCUCUGAAGGAAUCACACGGAACCGAACUGCCCAGGAGAAAGUGGUAGCCUUGGAGCAACAGGUUCUGAUGCUCACCAAGGAGUUAAAGUCUCAGAAGGAGCUGGUGAAGAUCCUACACAAGGCACUGGAGGCCGCCCAACAGGAGAAGAGGGCGUCCAGUGCAUACCUGGCGGCAGCUGAGGACAAGGACCGGCUGGAGCUGGUGCGGCACAAAGUUCGGCAGAUCGCGGAGCUGGGCUGGCGGGUGGAGGCCCUGGAGCAGGAGCGGGAAAGCCUGGCGCACACAGCGAGCCUGCGGGAGCAGCAGGUGCAGGAGCUGCAGCAGCACGUGCAGCUGCUCAUGGACAAGAACCACGCCAAGCAGCAAGUCAUCUGCAAGCUCUCUGAGAAGGUCACCCAGGACUUCACCCACCCCCCUGACCAGUCUCCUUUGCCCCCCGACACUGCUGACAGGGACCUCCUGAGCCAGCAGGAGAAGAUAGAGCACCUGAAGGAUGACAUGGAGGCUUACCGGACCCAGAACCGCUUCCUCAACUCCGAGAUCCACCAGGUCACAAAGAUUUGGAGAAAGGCAGCUGAGAAGGAGAAGGCCCUCCUGACGAAGUGUGCCUACCUCCAGGCCAGAAACUGCCAGGUGGAAAGCAAGUACCUGGCUGGGCUGCAAAAGCUGCAGGAGGCCCUGGGAGACGAACCCAGCAAGUGCUCAGAGCUGCUGAGGCAGCUCAUCCAGGAGGCGCUGCAGUGGGAAGCUGGGGAGGCCUCAGCUGACGGCAUCGAGCUGAGCCCCAUCAGUCAGUAUGAUGAGUACGGCUUCCUGACGGUGCCCGACUAUGAGGUAGAAGACCUGAAGCUGCUGGCCAAGAUCCAGGCGCUGGAGGUGCGCUCCCACCACCUGCUGGGCCUCGAGGCUGUGGAUCGGCCACUGCGGGAGCGCUGGGCUGCCCUGGACGAGCUUGUGCCCUCAGCUGAGCUCAAGCAGCUGCUGCGGGGGGGAGUGCCCCGCGAACACCGGCCUCGCGUCUGGAGGUGGCUGGUCCAUCUCCGUGUCCAGCACAUGCACACCCCGGGCUGCUACCAGGAACUGCUGAGCCGGGGCCGGGCCCGUGAGCAGCCUGCUGCCCGCCAGAUCGAGCUGGACCUGAACCGGACCUUCCCCAACAACAAGCACUUCACCUGCCCCACCUCCAGCUUCCCCGACAAGCUCCGCCGUGUGCUGCUGGCCUUCUCCUGGCAGAACCCCACCAUCGGCUACUGCCAGGGCCUAAACAGGCUAGCGGCCAUCGCUCUGCUGGUCCUAGAGGAGGAGGAGAGUGCCUUCUGGUGCCUGGUGGCCAUUGUGGAGACCAUCAUGCCGGCUGAUUACUACUGCAACACGCUGACAGCAUCCCAGGUGGACCAGCGGGUGCUCCAGGACCUGCUCUCAGAGAAGCUGCCCAGGCUGAUGGCCCACCUGGGGCAGCACCACGUGGAUCUCUCCCUCAUCACCUUCAACUGGUUCCUCGUGGUCUUCGCAGACAGUCUCAUUAGCAACAUCCUCCUUCAGGUCUGGGAUGCCUUCCUGUACGAGGGGACCAAGGUGUUGUUUCGCUAUGCCUUGGCCAUUUUCAAGUACAACGAGAAGGAGAUCUUGAGGCUGCAGAAUAGCCUGGAGAUCUACCAGUACCUGCGCUUCUUCACCAAGACCAUCUCCAACAGCCGGAAGCUGAUGAACAUCGCCUUCAACGACAUGAACCCCUUCCGCAUGAAACAGCUGCGGCAGUUGCGGAUCAUCCACCGGGAGCGGCUGGAGGCUGAGCUGCAGGAGCUGGAGCAGCUUAAGGCUGAGUACCUGGAGAGGCAGACAUUCCAGGGCAGAGCCGUGGCUGAGGGCUGCGCCAGCGAGGACGAGGGGGAGGGAGAGGCCUGACUUGGCCACCUCCCCUCCCCAGAGCCUUCCUCACCCUUGGCUGGCAGACUCACUGGAGGUCGGGCCCAGACCAGUGACCCAGCCCUGGGUGUCUCAUCACCAUGGGACCCUGGACACAUGCCUUCCCCUCCCUAGGCCUCAGUCUCCCCACUGGGACAUUGUGUGCUGCGAAGCCAUUGAUUGGGCUGCUUCUUCAUAGGCACCUACUUACCCAGGGAUGCCACCCCUUUGCACCUCGUCCACAGAGCACUUGGGCAUAUAAACAAGCAAGAGCACUGCCUCUAUAGGGUAACCUGGAACAUUCUCUAAGUUAUAUCAAUAUAAAGCUAUAUAAAUGGUGGAAAUAGUUCAUAAGCUUUGGAACU